CCCAACAUGUCCGGGCACUUUCUGCUCGCUCCCAUUCCCGAGUCCUCAACGGACUGCUUCCUGCCCAAGGACAUCAAACUGGCUGUGCUGGGUGCCGGCCUCGUGGGAAAGAGUGCAAUGAUCGUGCGCUUCCUGACCAAGAGAUUCCUUGGCGACUACGAACCGAAUACAGGCAAGCUGUAUUCACGACUCGUCUAUGUGGAGGGGGACCAAUUAUCCCUGCAGAUCCAGGACACUCCUGGGGGCAUCCAGGCGCAGGAUGGCCUCAGCCAGGCGGUGGAUUCCCUGUCCAAAUGUGUGCAGUGGGCCGAGGGCUUUCUUCUGGUCUAUUCCAUCACAGACUACGACAGCUACCAGGCCAUGCGGCCCCUGUGCCAACUCAUCCGGAAGGUCCACCCUGACUCCAAAGCCCCCGUCGUCACUGUGGGCAAUAGGGGCGACCUCCAGCAUGCUCGGCAGGUGCAAACGCAGAAUGGCGUUCCGCUCGCCAGCGAGCUGGGCAGCCUGUUCCUUGAGAUCUCCACCAGCGAGAACUACGAAGACGUCUGUGACGUGUUUCAGCACCUGUGCAAGGAAGUGAGCAGAGCGCACAGCCCGGCCGGGGAGCGGCGGAGGGCCUCCGUCAUCCCCCGGCCCGGCUCGCCCAAUGUGCAGGACCCGAAACAGCGCUUCAAGCAGGCUCUGUCUUCCAAAGUCAAGGCUGCCUCUGCGCUGGGGUGA